UCCAACAAAUUCUCAUCAGUUCCUUGAUUCAACCGAAGAACCGAACUAUUCAAAAUGAAAGCCAUCGCAGUUAUUGCUCUCCUCGUCCUCGUUUCCUGUGCUCAAGCCAGGGUUUACAGCCGUUGUGAAAUGGCUCGUAUCCUCUACCACGAUUAUGGUGUAACUAACUUGACCACCCUUGCCAACUGGAUCUGCUUGAUCCAACACGAAUCAUCCUUCAACGAUCAAGCCGUCGGAGCCCUCAACUACAAUGGAACCCAAGAUUUCGGUCUCUUCCAAAUCAACAACCAAUGGUGGUGUCAAGGAAACGUCUCCUCCUACAAUAGCUGUGGAAUCGCCUGUACCGCUCUUCUCGGAAACUUGUCAGCCUCCUGGAAGUGUGCCCAACUUGUCUACCAACAACAAGGAUUCAAGGCCUGGUACGGAUGGCUCAACUACUGCAACGGAACUGCCCCAAGGGUGGCUGACUGCAUCUAAAUUCUUUUUGUGGAGUUUCAAUAAAAUCAUUUUUUGAAAAGCGAAAA